AUGGAAACACUGAAUGUCCCUCCGGAAGGCCUCCUGCUCAGGCAUGAGGCCAAAUCUGCCCAAGAAGAGAAUCAGUCGAAGCAGCCUCCACAAGUCAUUCGGUUGGACCUCGUCGAAGGGGUGACCAAGGAAAUACUGCGUUCGUUGAAAAACAAGGACCAGGUCCGGCUUCGAUGUGGGAAGACACCAGCGGUGAUACUUGGCAAGAAGUCGAUACCUUUGGAAAGUACUGUUGACACUUUCCCUUCGGAGUUGUUUACCCAACCGUCUGAUGACAGCCGUCAUCUCUACUUCUCGGGAAAGUUGAGCCACAGACUAGAAGUGCGGAAGGCAGAAGAAGACACCGCAGGCAGCGAUGAGGCGCUGGCUGCACUUGAAAGUACAUUGAGGUCCAUCCAAGAGCAACGAGCAUCGAACGAGACCAGUAUCAAGGACACUGGGAGGAGUCUCGGCAAGAAGGAGAACAAAUCAUCGUCCUUGUUAGGACAAAGCCCUGCCCUCAGGAAGGACCAUCUUCUGGGAGGGUUAGCAAGAUCUACACCAUCCACCCCCUUCUUGAGUGCAUCGUACUCUCCCCGACAAGGACCAACUUCGGUUCCACUGUCUUCGGGACUGUCUCAAAAAGACAGAAUACGUCUUGACGCCAUACGCAUCCCACUGGUGCAUCUUCUUGCUGUCAAGCCCAUGAGCCCAAAGUCGAUCUGUGCCCAACUGCAUUGCACAAAGGAUGAUUGUGAAAAGCUGCUCACCAAGGUGGCAAGAGAUUGUCCACGAGGCGACGGGCUGAAGGAGCUGAAAGAAAAGAGCUAUCGUGAGCUAGAUGUAUUCAAGUUUCCAUAUUGUUCUACCGAGGAUCGACAGCGUGCGAUUGAUCAUGCCAUUCAGGCGUACGAUCGAAUGCGUGUGGAUAAGAGAGACGACCUGUGGCAGCUUCUGUUGCCUCCAGAAGAGCGCGGCAAAGGCAAGGUGCUGUCGAAGCUCAAUUUUGACAAGCGUGUCCCACCCAAGCCCGAACGUCAGCAGGGCGAGGACGGCAAUGACAGUAAGGUUGAGGCAUCUGACCCGGAGCAAGGCAGGCCAAAGGGCAAGAAGGAUGCACUGGGGCUGCAGAGGAAACUGAAAGACAAAGCUGCAACAGGAUCAAAGACGCCGGCAGCGAAAUCGGACGCAGGCACUCCGCGCGCAGCCAGGAAAGAGACUACGCCGUCCGUAAGCAACUCGAAGUCCGCAAAAUCAGACGCCAAAUUCAAGUCGUCCGAACGCAUAGAAGACUCAGAUGAAGAAGCUGAUGCAGUUGACGUUGCCAACCCGAAAUCACCGGCUAAAAAGACUGCUUCAAGCUCUACUACCAACAUCGCCAGGAAACCAGUGCCCGAUGAGGCCAAGGCGCAGAAACCGAAGUCAUCACAAAACGUUUCGCCGGCUAAGAAGUCACCUCAUGGAUCUUCCGCCUCAGUGUCUUCGUCCAGCGGCAGUGGAAACGAAAAGCCACGCCCUCCUGCUGCCUCGAACCCUCCAAAGUCUUUGAAACCUCAGCCAAAGGCCGACAGCACAGCGUCUCGCAUUUCACCUAGGCCACGGCACAAUAGUUCGCCGCAGAAACCAUCUCCUCUCGGGUCAUCCCCUCCCACGACUUCGACCGACGUGGACAAUUCGACCUCCAGCAAAGCCUCCAACCAGUCUUCUGCUCCUUCAUCUCCACCAUCCGGUACAGAUAUGCCGCGGUCAAAAGCAGAGCGUGCUAACGGAAGCAAAUAUUCUCCGGUUAUUGCUGACAAGACUCGAAACAUGGUAGCUGGAAAAGUUAGUCCUGAGAAGGGCUCGACCAAGCGUAAAGCAGAACCAGCUGAAAACGAACGACCCGCGAAGAGGCAGCAACAGAAGCAAAAGCCCUCUAGCAACCUUGCACCACUCUCCAAUGGCGCAGUUCAACAUGUCAAACGUCCCUCCCCAGCUCGGGCUGAAUCUGAACGCUCUUCGUCGCCAGAAAAGCCAGGCGUCAACCGCCAAGAUGUCAUGGAAGAAGCAAGACGCUUUCAAAAGUACUACAAGCGGUACAAGGACCUGUAUGACAAGAUCUCGCAGACAGACGAAAAGGAUCGCGAUCAAAAGGACAUGGGGGAUCUGUGGAGGAUGCAUAAACGGCUGUCGGAGAUGAAGGCAGAGAUCUGGGACAACUGGGACAAGGUCGAGAGGGUCGACAAGGCAAGGGAGAUGGUGGCAGUAUGA